CCCUGAUAGUGAUAGGAGGGGUGGAGUUGACAGUUGAGUUUAGACGUAAGAAGAGAGAGAGAGAGAGAGAGAGAGAGAGAUGGAGGAAGGCACAGAGAUGGAAGUGGAUGAGUGUGUAUCACAGAAUGGAAAUUCAACAAAGAGAUUUGAACUCAAAAACUCUAUUCAAACCAACUUCGGCGACGAUUAUGUUUUCCAAAUUGUCCCCAAGGACGAUUGGUCUUUAAUGGCGGUGUCACUAUCAACGAACGCAGUGAAGCUUUACUCACCAGUUACCGGUCAGUAUUAUGGUGAAUGUAAAGGUCACUCUGGAACUAUAAACUGUAUAAGUUUCUCAGCUCCAUCUACUCCACAUGUAUUGCACUCUUGUUCUUCUGAUGGUACCAUCAGAGCUUGGGACACUCGAUCUUUCCAUCAGGUGUCCAGUAUAAGUGCUCCUUCUUCUCAGGAGAUCUUCAGCUUCUCAUUUGGAGGAUCCACCGAUAAUCUACUUGCUGCUGGAUGUAAUUCACAGAUACUCUUCUGGGAUUGGAGGAACAAAAAGCAAGUUGCUUGUUUGGAGGAGUCACAUGUUGAUGAUGUAACUCAGGUUCAGUUUGUGCCUGACCAUCAAAACAAGCUUCUUUCUGCUUCUGUAGAUGGGUUGAUAUGUAUAUUUGAUACUACUGGAGAUAUCAAUGAUGAUGAUCAUUUGGAAUCGGUCAUCAAUGUGGGAACUUCGAUUGGGAAAGUUGGGUUUUUUGGAGAAACAUAUCAGAAGCUCUGGUGUUUGACACACAUUGAAACUUUAAGUAUUUGGGACUGGAAGGAUGGAAAGAAUGAAGUAAGCUUUGAAAAUGCUCGUACAUUAGCCUCUGACAGUUGGACACUGGAUCAAGUUGACUAUUUUGUUGAUUGUCACUAUUCAGAGGACUCUGGAAAUUUAUGGGUUAUCGGUGGUACAGUUGCUGGUACAAUGGGCUACUUCCCGGUAAACUAUAAAGGAGUGACAACAAUAGGUUCUGCAGAAGCAGUUCUUGGGGGUGGACACAGUGCAGUUGUUCGGAGUGUGUUGCCAAUGUCAAGCAUGCGGAGUAAACCUGCCCAAAGCCAAGGUAUUUUUGGUUGGACAGGUGGUGAGGAUGGCCGCUUAUGCUGUUGGUUGUCUGAUGAGUCUGUGGAGACAAAUCGUUCCUGGAUUUCAAGUUCAAUGGUUACGAGGUCACCUACUACUCGGAAGAAAAAUAGGCAUCAUCCUUACUGACGAGAAAAGUCAGUUAAUUAUUGUCAAAAGUUUUUUCUUUUUAAGCUUGUUUCUUCACUUUUGGGUAUUGUUCGUAAGUUAUUUGUUGAAAUUAGUGAAAAGUCUUUUUCUGGUAAAAUUAUCAGAUCACCAUCAUGAUUAACUACUCUCUACACAUGGGACAAAUAACUUAAAUGUAAAGUUGCUAAUUGAUU